AUGCCUCCUCCCGCCCAUCCGAGAAAGUACGUUUGCCCCGUCUGUUCUCGCCAAUUCCGGAGGGCCGACUUCCUAUACCGCCACCAGCUCAACCACGCCGAUCCACGGUUUCGUUGCAGUCAAACGGGCUGCGGUAUGGCCUUUCAUCGCAGAGACGUCCUGCAACGCCACCAGGCUCUUCAUUGUAAGAGGGCUUCAGCCUCGCCUGACGCCUCUGGAAUGCUCGUCGCAUCUACUCUUACUCUGCCGGAAACGGUGAUUGAGAACAGCGAUUCUAUGGGCAACAGUAUCGCGUUGGUGAAUCAAUGCGAUGGUAUUGAACUACAUCCUGAAUCAACGCCAUCAUCCAACACGCAACUAUCGUACACGGACCUCGAUCAGUCCUCGCAGUUUUCAGCGCAAGUAUCCGACAUCUUGAUGACACCCCACCCCUCUACCGAGCUCAACGUUGAAGAACUUUCUCCUCAUCAGCUUCAACUAUUCAUCAAUAGCUUCAUUCUAUACAAUAUGCGUCGCCUACCAUUCAUCCAUAAAAGCCACUUGGCCACAGGAAGUCUUACACCUGCCAUAUAUUCAGGCGUUCUUGCCGCAGGGGCCGCACACUUUGCUGAACAUCGAGAGCUAUCACUCCAGCUACACCGCUCGUCUGUUCAGCUCGGCAUCUCGGAAUUGAAGUUGAAUGGCAAUUGCCUUCAAGACUUGCAGUACAAAGUCCUUGCCAUCGAUUUCGCCUUGUCAUGCCGUGACGUGAACCUCGAGGUUUGGGCAACAACCGAAUUACGCCACGUCUGGACUAGAGUCAUCUUGAUGUACUUCUCAGUUGCCAAGUUAAAACUUCUGACUGGUCUCAAUGGCGUCAUCGAGAAGAGCUCAAGAGGUAAUCUCCUACGCAUUCGAUAUCACUCUAGCUCUUGA